GUCUGUAGAGAGCUGGACUGUGGACCAGCGCUGUCUACUACCAGUAAUGCCACCUAUGGUGAAGGAACAGGACAAAUCUGGCUUGAUGAUGUGUCAUGUGUGGGAAAUGAAGAUUCACUUACAGAGUGUCAGCAUCAAGGAUUUGGGAUCCAUAACUGCACACAUGGGAAAGAUGCUGGUGUCGUCUGUUCAGACCAGAUCCGGUUAGCUGGUGCUGRAUCAACACAAUGUUCUGGAAGAGUUGAAGUCUACCACAAUGGUGUCUGGGGAACAGUCUGUCAUAAUGGAUGGGACUUAACAGAUGCCGAAGUGGUCUGUAGACAGUUGGACUGUGGGACGGCGCUGGUKGCUACYAAUUAUGCUUUCUUCGGUCAAGGAACUGGACAAAUCUGGCUCGAUGACAUGUCGUGUUUGGGAAAUGAAACUUCACUUACAAAGUGUCAGCAUCAAAGAUUUGGGUUCAAUUACUGUGGACACUGGCAAGAUGCUGGUGUCAUCUGCACAGAGCGUAUCCGGUUAGCUGGUGCUGGAGCAACACGAUGUUCUGGAAGAGUCGAAGUCUACCACAACAGUGUCUGGGGAACGGUCUGUGAUGAUGGAUGGAGCUUAACAGAUGCUCAGGUGGUCUGUAGACAGUUGGGCUGUGGAACAGCACUGUCUGCUAACAUUAAUGCCACCUUUGGUGAAGGAACAGGACAAAUCUGGCUUGAUGACGUGUCGUGUUUGGGAAAUGAAACUUCAAUAGCAGAGUGUCAGCAUCAAGGAUUUGGGAUCCAUAACUGUGGACACGGAGAGGAUGCUGGUGUCAUCUGCUCAGAGCAUAUCCGGUUAGCUGGUGCUGGAUCAACACAAUGUUCUGGAAGAGUUGAAGUCUACCACAAUGGUGUCUGGGGAACAGUCUGUGAUGAUGGAUGGAGCUUAACAGAUGCUGAGGUGGUCUGUAGAGAGUUGGGCUGUGGACCAGCACUGUCUGCUACCAGUAUUGCUACCUUUGGUGAAGGAACAGGACAAAUCUGGCUUGAUGAUGUGUCGUGUUUGGGAAAUGAAGUUUCACUUACAGAGUGUCAGCAUCGAGGAUUUGGGAACCAUAACUGUGGGCAUGGAGAGGAUGCUGGUGUCAUAUGUUCAGACUAUAUCCGGUUAGCUGGUGAUGGAUCUACACAAUGUUCUGGGAGAGUUGAAAUCUACCACAACAGUACCUGGGGAACAGUCUGUGAUGAUGGAUGGGACUUAACAGAUGCUCAUGUGGUCUGUGGACAGUUGGGCUGUGGACCAGCACUGUCUGCUACCACUAAUGCUACCUUUGGUGAAGGAACAGGACAAAUCUGGCUUGAUGACGUGUCGUGUUUGGGAAAUGAAGAUUCACUUACAGCAUGUCAGCAUCAAGGAUUUGGGAUACAUAACUGUCUACAUAGGAAAGAUGCUGGUGUCAUCUGCUCAGCAUCAGGAAAUGUGGAAGGCUUCAGGCCAUCAGAACAAGUUGAGAGCAGCAUCACUCUGCAAUGGAAUAAAAUCAACAACAGCAUCGGCUUUGUUCUCCAGUUUAACGGCACAGAGACAUUCAUCAGAGCGCCAGAUGGAGACGGACCAGUAACUCACACAGUUUCAUCUCUCACUGCUGGAACCAGAUACACAUUCACUCUCUUCUCUGUGUUUGGCAACAUCAGAAGCAGUGGAGUACAACUUACAGCUGUUACUGCACCUCAAGAUGCAGAAGACCUGAGAGCAUCAGAUCAAGAUGAGAGCAGCAUCACUCUGCAGUGGAGUAAAAUCAACAACAGCACCAGCUUUGUUCUCCAGUUUAACGGAUCAGAGACAAACAUCAUAGCACCAGAUGGAGACGGACCAGUGAACUACACAGUUUCAUCUCUCACUGCUGGAACCAGAUACACAUUCACGCUCUUCUCCGUGUUUGAGAACGUCAGAAGCAGUGGAGUACAACUUGAAGCUGCAACAGGUGCUUUUGUCUCAGCACCUAAAAAUCCACAAGGCUUCAGGUCAUCAGAUCAAGAUGAAAGCAGCAUCACUCUGCAGUGGAAUAAAAUCAACAACAGCACCAGCUUUGUUCUCCUGUUUAACGGCAUUCAGACAUUCAUCAGAGCACCAGAUGGAGACGGACCAGUGAACCACACAGUUUCAUCUCUCACUGCUGGAACCAGAUACACAUUCACUCUCUUUUCUGUGUUUGAGAACGUCAGAAGCAGUGGAGUACAAUUUACUGCAGUCACUGCGCCUAAAAAUGCCAAAGGCUUCAGAGCAUCAGAACAAGAUGAGACCAGCAUCACUCUGCGAUGGAAUAAAGUCGGCAUCAACAUCAGCUUUGUUCUGCAGUUUAACGGCACAGAGACAAACAUCAGUUCACCAGAUGGAGACGGACCAGUGAAACACACAGUCACAUCUCUGACCGCUCGGACAAACUACACAUUCACCCUGUUCUCUGUGUUUGACAAUGUCAGAAGCAGUGGAGUCAGUAUACUUGCAACUACUGGGCCAAAUUAUGUUUUGGGAUUGAAUCUGAGGAUGAAGAUUCUUGGAGCAAUGACAGAAUCAGAGCUAGAAGACGUUUUGAUAGAGCUUUUCAGAAAAUAUAAUCUGCCACCACAGCUUACUCUGAAAAAUGCAGAAAAUGAAAUCAUCAGAAACCUUAUAGGUUCCAGCACUGUUUGGAUUGGACUGUAUCGGGAAAAGCUGUGGUCUGAUGGCAGCGACUCUCUGUUUCGAUACUGGGCGGAUGUCGAGCCCAACGAUCCCUCUGUCGAAAUAAAAAAAGCAUUUUGUGUCUUUAGACUUUUGAUGUUUAUCUUCUGUUUUAUCCCAUGUCUUUUAUUUGAAGGUCCUUGUUCCGGCUGUCGGUGUUGUCCUGAUGGCACAGAGUGCAUCACCACCAAUGGAGUUGCUGAAUGCGUUGACGCUUGUGUGUAUUACACUGUACUGAACGAUGCCUGGCGCUCAACAGAGCAUACAGACGAUUUAAUGCACUGUGACCGGGACAUUGCCUGGAGUGGAUGGUAUCGCUUUUACUUGGGUCUGACCAACGCUCAGAUUCCAGAGAAAUGUGUAGCACAAGAAAGAUGUGGAACUCAUGCUCCUUUGUGGAUAAAUGGGGUUCAUCCAGUCCAGCUUAAUGAAACUGUAACUCGCACUGUGUGUAACACUUGGUCGGGUUCCUGCUGCCAUUUUCCCUCACACACCAUCCAGAUCAAACGUUGUUAUGGAUACUACGUCUACAAACUUCAACACCCAUCUGCAUGUUGGCUGGGAUAUUGUACAGAACCUCAACCCUUCAGAGUAUCGACACAAGAUGAGAGCAGCAUCACUCUGCAGUGGAACAAGAUCAACAACAGCAGCAACUUUGUUCUCCAGUUUAACAACACAGAGAUAAACAUCACUGCACCAGAUGGAGAUGGACCAGUGAACUACACAGUCUCAUCUCUCACUGCUGGAACCAGAUAUACAUUCACUCUCUUCACUGUGUUUGAAAAUGUGAGAAUCAGUGUAGAGCAACUGGCAGCUGUGACUGUUCCUUGGAAUGCAGACGGAUUUAUGAAGUCAGGACAAACUGACAUCAGCAUCACUCUGCAGUGGAACAAGAUCAACAACAUCACCAGCUUUGUUCUCCAGUUUAAUGGUGUGGAGACAUUCAUCAGUGCCCCAGAUGCAGAUGGACCAGUGAACUACACAGUCUCAUCUCUCACUCCUGCAACAAACUACACAUUCACUCUCUUCUCUGUUCUUGACAAUGUCAGGAGCAGUGGMRUCAACAUUACUGCAGCUACUGCUCCAGCAAACGCAGAGGGCUUCAGAGCAUCAGAACAAGAUGAGACCAGCAUCACUCUGCGAUGGAAUAAAGUCGGCAUCAACAUCAGCUUUGUUCUCCAGUUUAACGGCACAGAGACAAACAUCAGUUCACCAGAUGGAGACGGACCAGUGAAACACACAGUCACAUCUCUGACCGCUCGGACAAACUACACAUUCACCCUGUUCUCUGUGUUUGACAACGUCAGAAGCAGUGGAGUCAGUAUACUUGCAAAUACUGGUCCAAAUUAUGUUUUGGGGUUGAAUUUGAAGUUGGAGCUUCUUGGAGAAAUGACUGAAUCAGAGAUGGAAGAUGCUUUGAUAGAGCUCCUCAGAGAAUAUAAUCUGCCGUCACAGUUUACUCUGAAAAUCCUUUCUUCGAAACCUUCUGGAUAAUUCAUCUGUAACGUUGUUUCCUUUCCUUGAAAUAAUGUGGUUUAUUUUAUGUACUAAUUUAAAUUGUAAUGUUUUCCAGAAUUGACUUUCCUUUGGGUAAUAUUUUAAUCUCUUUUUGUUAAGAACAGAGCUAAGGUUUUCUUGUAUUUGAAUACAUUUUAUCUGUGCAUUCUUCUAUUUUUUGCCUCUAAAUAAAGUUUUGGGGAUCUAUAAAUUGUUUACUUGUAUUGAAAAAAUGUGCUUUUGGAGGAAAUAUUGAAAUUUAGAUGGAGAAACUUUAAAAAAAACAUAAAUCUAGGUUUGUGAUGUAUACACAUCUAGGCUGGCAAGCAAAACAGAGCAAAAGCAUAAAGUCAAACUUAGGUCAAUAUGACUCCAUGUUGCUUCUCUGGUCAUUAAACUUUUAAAUACAGAUUUAUAACCAUAUAAAUACAAUAAGUCUUCAUGGUAAUGGGGAAAAGCAGAUGUAGUAAAUAGAUAUUGGGAAGAAUUAACUUGAAUAUACGAAUCAACUGGAUGUAUUUAGAUAAAAAUAGACAAAUGUUCCUUUCUCAGCCGUUUUAAAAUAAACAUUAUCAGAACAACUAUCCAGAGAAACCCCUCUACUAGUUUUUAAAUUGUGGACCACUUAUUCUUAAGCAUGGGGAACAAAUAUGUUAGAGCCAUAAAUAGGAAAUAUUUAAGUUAUUUGAAUGAUUUGUUUUUUUAUUUGAUCAUUUUUAGUUAAGAAGAUUGAUAUUUGUUCAGGCCAUUUUUAUUGUGAAAUUUGGUUUUACUUUGAAAGACUUACUUCCUGUUGGGCCGUAUAUUUUAUUAGAAAAACCAAUGACCGAUUGAUUGCUUAGACACGGACGGA